UCCACGACGCAAAAGCUCUUAGCUCUCUUGUGUCCUCCUGCUCACUAAUUUCCCUCCACCAUCUAAAAUCCCAUACUUCCCAUAUAGAGAUAUCGCAUAAGCACCCGAGCUAUGACGGCCAAGGACUGCAGCCACCACGACGAGGAGUGGGAGGCCCUGCGCCGCCGUGCUUUCAUGUUCCUUGUAGGCCUUGUUGCCCUCGUCCUCUUCAUCAUCCUCCUCGUCUUCCUCGUUCUGCGCCCUUCCAAGCCAGCCUUCAUACUCCGUGACGCCACCGUGUAUGAGUUCAAUGCCACGUCGCUGUCGGGCACACCAGGGCCAAACUUCCUGACCAUAGAUAUGCAAGUCACCCUCUCGUCCCGGAACCCGAAUGACCGCAUUGGUAUCUACUACUUCCAGCUCGACACCUACGUGUCCUACCGCGGGCAGCAGGUCACCCCCCCUUAUCUCCUACCCGACUCGUACCAGGGCCACAAGGAGGUGAUCGACUGGUCUCCUUUCCUCGUUGGGCAUGCAGUCCCUGUGUCCCCGUACCUCGGGGACAUGCUGUCCCAGGACCUGAAUGCAGGCAUGGUCCUCGUCAACGUGAAGUUAGAUGGCAAGGUCAAGUGGAAGGUCGGGACGUGGAUCUCGGGCUCCUACCACCUCCAUGUCAACUGCCCCGCGAUGUUGAUGCUGAAGGCGUCGGGCAGUGGUGCGGCCGAGCCGUUGGCCACCGGGCUGUCGAUGAAGGUCCAGCUCUCUCAGCAGUGCACUGUUGAUGUCUAGCUGCGCGAAUACAAGAAGAAAAAGUUCCCUUUCCAUUCCAAUGGACAUGCCUCUGACCUCCCUAAGACAACGCUGGCCUUUUGCUCCCACCUUGUUUCAGCCAAUUUAUUCGUGAUAAUUAGAGAUGUCUUUUUUUUAAUAUGAUUAAUUAGUUGAAGGAAAUUGGAAAGUGGAUAUAUUAGAAAAUGAAAUGCAGUUCAUUGUGUUAAUUAGCGAUGAUAAUCAAGUUAUUAGAGUCAACCACGAAUUGUUGACCAUUGAAGAAUGUUCCCCGGUUGAUAUUAAUAUAAUUGGAGAUAAUCAUAAAGUUCAAUUUUUGUAA